AUGGAAAGAGUGAUAGCCAUAGCUGAUACAGCUUCAUGGUGCUGUGCCAUGGCUCUGGUUGCUGUGAUCCUAGUGACUGCUCUUAGAGAAAGCACUACAAGCCCCUUAGAGACGAGCACAACGACGAUGACGAUGAGAGGAGAAAGACUCGCCGGACGACGACCAUGCGACGAGAUAUAUGUCGUCGGAGAAGGAGAAACUCUUCAUACCAUCAGUGACAAGUGUGGUGAUCCCUUCAUCGUUGAAAGAAACCCUCACAUACAUGACCCUGAUGAUGUUUUCCCUGGCCUUGUUAUCACUCUCCAACCUUCCAAGCCUCUCUAA